UUGCGACAACCAGUCUUGUGGUUCGGCCAGUGUUGUUGUGUACGAGAGUGCGUGUUGUAACCCGUAUACAAAAAGGGGAAAGGAAAACUUAUUGCAGUUUCUGUUGUUGAUCUGAUCAUCAAGAUCUCAUCGUCGAAAGAAAAGCCGAUGUGCGUCGCGAAUUGACUAAAUAAUGAAGAAAAGUUAUUAUGGGUGUUCAGUGGAUUAUCGUCCAGUUUAUGGUGAUGGUGUGCUGUUCGGUGAUGUUUCUGGAUGGUGUAUCCGCGUACAAUUCCAAAAGGGAUUAUAGCGAUGAGGAAUUAUGUCUGCACUCGGCCUGCAAUUGCACCAAUACCGCAAAUUGGAAGACCAUCAAUUGCACCUUACAAAACACAGAGAAUUUACAAAUUAGGCAUGGAUCUAUCCCUGCAACCACCAUAGAACUAUCCAUAUCCGGAGGAAACAAGAUCGUCAUCUCCGAGCAAAGCUUUCACAUGCACAGAGGCUUCAAUUUGCUGAGGGUCGAAGGGGCUAAGAGCUUCGUGAUCAGCAAACAUGGCUUUAAUAAUCUGAACUCGACGGCGAUGGACCUACAGGUGCACGGCUGCGAAAGAUUCCUUCUAGAGAAGAACGCCUUCAAGAAUAUGGAGACGCCGAUCAGGGUUUCCAUAUCGAACACUGCGUUCGUCUCGAUCGAGAAUUCCGCCUUCGGUAGAUUGCAGGACGCUCGGUUUCAAGGCAUAAAGAAGCUGGUGUUCGCGGAAGGUGCCUUCACCUUCGAGAAUCAAGGGGACAACGGCAGACAUGGUCCUGUCACUAAUUUGUCGUUUAACAAUGUUAAAAUACCGGAGAUACCUCGUGCCACCUUUGUGUCCGCUCUGGCUUUGGUGAGCAUCCAGGAUUCGGAGAUUCAAAACAUCAAUAUGGAAGCGUUCAAGGCGACGCAGAUUAAUGAAAUCUACAUCAACCACACGACCAUCCAUAAAUUACGUUCGGGUGCUUUGAGCGAAGGCACCUUGAUCGUCAACUUCAUCCUAUCCAAAUGCUCGAUCAACGUGAUCGAGGAAUACGCUAUUUUGGCUGCCAUAACUAACCUGACCAUACAAUUUUCGAGUAUAACGGAAAUCCACACCGGUGCCAUAAAUAGCACGAUGAACGUGAACAUCAUGAUCUCGGAUAAUCAGAUCAACUCUCUGGCCAAGUCCAGUUUGGUCUUCAACAGUUGCAACCGAUUCGCCAUGGAGAAUAACAUCAUAAAGAUCUUGAAAGAAAACUUCUUGGAGGUGCCAUACAAGGAGGACGUGAUUGAGUUUGUGUUCGCUGGGAACGAAAUUCACGAUGCGGAACGAGGAGCGUUCGUCGCACUUCCGUUGCUGCAAAAGCAUUUGGUCCAUUUCAAAUUCAACAGUAAUUCUUUCAAGAAGACCUGCUACUGCAACAUUUCCGAGUGGCUUUCCGAGUUGCUCCUGAACCCGAACUCUUAUUACGUUUACGAUACCAGUUUCUGCACAGUCGACAACCUUCUGGCUCGGUGCUUCGUAUUGAAUGAAGGGCUGAUCAAUAUGAAGAACUUUACUGCGUUGACGUGCGGCUCGGGUAGCGACAUUCACUGCGAGCCGUAUCGCGGGGAAACCAAGAAACUGAACACUACAAAACCGUUCCUGGUAGGGGAGGAGGGCGACAAGAACAUCCACCAUUACGUGACCGCACUCAGCAUUCUCCUACUCUUAAUCGUAGUUAUCAUUAUAUACAUUUACGUUAUAAGGCCGAGAUGUCAGAGGCGAUCGAGCCUCGAGUACGAGGAGCAGGAGGUCGUCCCGCAGGACGGCGACUUGGAUUUAGAGCAUGUAGAUUACACAGACAUUCCUCCAUUAACUGAAGAGCUUCUGGUGCGAUUGCGCAAAGAACUGAACGAUCCGGACACUGCGGAGAACGCCGCGACGAUGAUACAGAAGCUGUACGAGGAAGUGGUGAAAACGGACAGGGUGAUCAAUAACAAUAGGCAGGACGAUGAGGCACAUCUGUACGAGGAAUUAGGGAACAUGCAUUCGGGUCAUCAUAGCACGCAGAUGAACAGGCCAUCGGUGAACGACUAUUCGGAACCCAAGGAUGCCGCUCACCACGUCUACACCGAGCUGAGGACAAGGGGCGAAGACAAAAGGGCAUCCCUAACAUCCACCGGAAGCAAAAUGGCCACAAGGCCUUUACCAGAACAACCCAAAGACGAGAACGAAGAGGCUGGCCCGUCGUCUUCUGCGCGCUGAUCUCCAAACAACCCCCUCACUCAGACCCACACCUCACCCAGUCAUCCUUCCCCCCCCAAUGUAAUUCCAAAUAAUAAUUAAAACGAGACUGUUCCAACGAUCGCAAGCGAAUUAAAAACACUUGCCCUAUCGGAAGCCCAAGGCAUUGUACAUAACAUAAAUAAAAUAUAAAUAUAAAAUUAUAUAUGUAUAUUUACACGUAAAAUGUCUUGGUCUUUGAAUCAACUGUGAUAAGUGGACACAAU